AUGGCGGAAAUCAAACGGGAAUCUUCGCUACAACCGUGCAGCAAAAGGCUCGAACGAGCGCAGGAGAAGGUUUUGCAGAAACUUGGAAAAGCAGACGAGACUAAAGAUGAGCAGUUUGAACAAGUGGUCAUCAACUUCAGGAGACAAGAGUCGGAGGGCUCCAGGCUGCAGAGGGAAAUGAAGUCCUACAUGGCUGCCAUUAAAGGAAUGCAGCAGGCCUCCAUCAACCUGAGUCAGUCUUUGCAUGAAGUCUAUGAACCCGACUGGCAUGGCAGGGAUGACGUGAUGAGCAUCGGGAAGGACUGUGAUGCAUUGUGGGAAGACUUCCAUAACAAAGUGGUGGACUCCACUCUUCUGAACCUUGACGCCUACCUUCAGCAGUUUCCUGACCUCAAGGUCCGUGUGGCGAAGAGAAGCCGGAAGCUCAUCGACUACGACAGUGCUCGGCAUCAUGUGGAAACUCUGCAAGCAUCUGGGAUGAAGAACGACCGCAAGAUGAUGAAGGUCAGCUGAGGAGCUGAAAAGGCCCAGAGGGUGUUUGAUGAGCUGAAUGCUGGUCUGCAGGAUGAGCUGCCGACUCUGUGGACAAGUGACCGAGUCGGGUUCUACAUCAACACCUACAAGAGUGUGACAUCUCUGGAGGCCAGGUUUCACCGAGAGAUUUCUGUGCUCUGUAAACAGCUGUAUGAAGUGAUGACAAAGCUUGGAGAGCAGCACUCAGACAAAAUGUUCACCAUCCAAGGAGCUCCCAGUGAUUCAGGACCGCUGCGACUCGCUCGAACUCCGUCACCGCCGGACGAUGAAAGUCCACCUGAGAGUCCAGAUGCCAGCUCCAAUCACAUGCUCCGGCCCGUCUCACCUGGACCACCUCGGCCCAAGUCGCCCUCACAGGUAAACAUGACCCAUUACAGGUUCACCGCGGUGGUUUCUGGUUGCAUUUCUGAUUGGAAAUCUUUCCAAAACUUAUGUUGUAACAGACCCAUCACACCACGUGUUGUGAAUAUAAGUGACUCAGAACAUUUGUGAUAAUUGCUGGUAGUAGCUACUUAACAUAUUUAUUGAUUAAGCGUCUAUAUCAGGCUAUUUGAUAAAUACAUUACAGUUCUUUUUCUAAUGAAAGCCUGAGACAAACAAUAGGUCUAGUCCAAAAUAAAGCAAACAUGAGAUUGUACAGGGAUAACAACAGCACAGAGCCAUCGCACAUAGACUGAACCUCCAGAAACCAGAGAAAAUGACAAGAAAAUGAAUGAGUUAUACCCUAACUCUAACCCUAACCCUUGGGUUUCAGUUGUAACUGAAGAAAUUAGUAAAAUCAAUCGAAUAUGACGUUAGUGGUCAGGAAGAGCGUGUUUAAUUAUUAGACCAUGUUUGAGCAGUAGAAGGAUAAAGGUUUCGGAUCAGGGUUUGAAGGAUGUUGGGUGUGUUCUAUAGUUGCAGACCACACUUUAUUUGCAGGAGAAUUUAUAAAAAAUAUUUUGUUAGUUCUGCAGU